AUGAACCAAAAAGAAAAAGACCAACAAAUCCAAUCUCUCCAAGCCAAAAUCCAGGAACUAGAAAAAAAACUAGAAGACUAUUCGCAAGGCGGAAUAAAAACCCUCUUUUCUGGCAAAGCCAACACAACUCCCGAAGAAUUGGAGGCAGUUCAACCUUUGGCUAAGGAAUUAGUGGAAGUCUACGGAUAUAAUAAAAAUGAAAUAAAAACUCAUCCCCAGUUUCGCAUUUCUCUUUCUCCUUCUGAUGAAAAAAAAAGUUAUCCGGUUGAUAUCGCGGUUUUUGAAAACAAUAAACUCAAAAUAAUUUGUGAAUGUAAAAAAAUAUCGUCUCAAGAAGGCAAGGAACAAUUAAGAAAAUACUUGCGAAUGUGCGAAGCCAAGAUUGGAGUCUGGUUUAAUGGCAAAGAACGCAUAGUUUUGAAAAAAGUUGAGACCAAAGAAACCCACCCUCGUUAUGAAGAAUUAAAGCCCCGGGAAAACUUGAAAAGCGUUUUUCAUCAGAUUAAAAAAAGUCUACAAAAAACGGUUAUUGGUAGCACUAAUGAGCCUGAUAUAGCGAAAAAUGUCCUAAAAAUUUUAUUUUGCAAAAUUUUUGAUGAAAGAUACCAAAGUGAAAGUGGAUUUGCUGAGUUUUAUGCCAAUAUUGAUAAACCGCAAGAGAAUGCCGUGGCGGAUGCUUUUGAAGUAUUUAUUGGCACAGCCCUAAAAGGAGAACACGGACAAUUUUUUACUCCCCGAAAUGUGGUGCGAUUUAUUAUUAACUUUUUGGAUGUGAAUGAAACUCAGAAAAUAAUCGACCCUGCUUGUGGAACCGGCGAAAAGGAAGAAAUCGAAAGAGAGAAAAUUGCCAUAGCCAGAAAAAAUAUUUUUGGUUGUGAUAAAGACAGUUUUUUAGCCCAAGCCUGUAAAGCCUAUAUGUGUAUAUUAGGAGAUGAGAAAUAUGACAUUAUUAUCACUAAUCCCCCUUUUGGAAAAACAAUUGCUGUGGACGAUGAAAAAGUUUUAAAAAAUUUUACUAUUGUUCUACCAGAAGGAAUUUUUGGCAACGAAAGCGACAGUUAUCGAGAAAUAAGAGAUUUUUUAUUAGAAAAUUAUAGCUUGCUAGCAAUAUUUAGCAUUCCGCAAGAAACAUUCGAACCAUUUACCGGAAAUAAAUGCUCUAUUUUAAUUUUAGAAAAUAAAAAAUAUGAAGAAGCAAGUAAAGUUAUUUUUGCUAAUAUUCAAAAAAUAGGACACAACAAAAGAGGGGAAACGUUGUAUAGAUACAAUAAUAGCGGCAUUCCUUUAAAAGAUGAGGAGGGAAAUUUUGUAGUCAAUGAUGAACUAAAUGAUAUUUUUUUGGAAAUUAAAAAAAAUAAUGUUCUACAUUAUAAGAAAAGUCAUAAAGAAACCAAAAUUUUUUAUGUAUUAGCCCAAGAAAUAAAAGAAACACCGAACCUUUUUCUAAUUCCUUCCUAUUAUAACGGAUUUUUAAAAUUAAUAAACGAAUUAAAAACUGAAAAAAACGAAAACUCCUUUUGUAUAAACAUUGGGGAAUUAAUUGAAAAAAACAUAUUAUUUACUAACAAAAAUAAAAACAUUCCUCGUGGAAAAGCAGUAGACAGCCACUUUUACUUGCCUUUUAGGGAGGGAUUAGUCCCAUUUAUUAGAACUUCUGAUAUUCAAAAUCUCGAAAUAACUAAGCGACCGCAAAAAUGGGUUAACCAUGAAAUUUACGAAAAUUUUAGGCAAGACAUUAAAGCCUACGACAUACUUUUCGUAAAAGAUGGAAUGGAAAGGAUAGGAGAAACAGCGAUGAUAAUGCCCGGAGAAGAAAAAUUAAUUUUACAAAGACCCUUAACCGCCGUGGAAGUAAUUUGUAGCCAAGAGGACAUUGACCGCACUCGACAAAAAGAAGGCAAAACCACUAUUCAAGUAGUUGACCGCACGCCUCCAUUAAGCAAGUCGUUAGCGAAUAUAAACCAAAAAUAUUGGGAUAAAAUUGUGAUUAAUGAUGAAUGGGGAGAGUUAAAAAGUGAAAAAAAAUUAAGCCCUGGAAUUUUGUGGAAAAUAUUGCAAGAUGGUAAGUUAUUCAAGUAUGUUAAUCCUAAUGCUGGUGUUGACAAAAAUGACUGCCAAUUUGUUUCCGCGGAUAUUCUGGCCGAUUUUCAAAGGAUUUUUGGUGAAGAAGAGGAGAAAAUAAAAAUAAUCAAAAAGGAUUUCGCUAUUAAUGAUGUAAUUAGACCAGGCGAUUGGGGUGCCAGCCCCGAAGCAUUCAAAUUUCUCCAAGACACUAUUGCCAGUGAAGUAAAGGUAAUUUAUAAACCAGGAGAGUAUGAUUUAGCCGAAUUUGAAGGCGUGGAAAAUUUGGCAGACGCGAAUAUUCAAGUAGCAGUUAAUUUCGAACAGGAGCAGGAAACCGAAGGAGAAAGUAAUUCUCCGGAUGCCAGGGAAAGUGGUUCGGAUAGCAACAGCAAUGGUAGUUCAGAAACGGGAGAUAAUAAAACUACAAUCCAAAUUCCUUUGGAUACCAUUACCGAAUAUUUAAGAGACUAUGAUCCAAAUGCUUAUGGUGAUGGUUUUGUUAUUAAUGAUGGUCAAGAUGAAAGUAUAUUCGUAGAAAGCGAUAUGGCUAAUCCAAUAACGGCGGAAAUUACCCAAAUUGACGAAAUAAGAGGUAAAUAUCCUUAUCAUUUUGCCGAAUAUAAAAUCAAGCCAAUAGAAAUAAAAAUUAUCUCUGAUGGCAGAGAAGCAAGAGCCCGAGCGGAAAAAAGGCAGGUGAAAAUUGAAAUUCCGGGUUUUGUUAAUGAGGAAGAAAAAAAAGAUUUAAUCGUUAAAAAAGGCAGCAAAGUUAAAAUAACACUAUCGGACAAUGAUAAUAACAAAAAAAUAAUCCAAGCAGGAGAACAAAAAUAUAUUAGCAGUAAUUAUGUUUUAGAAGUUAGCGACGAUUAUUCCAUUAGAGUAGAAAAUGAAGAGGAAAUUCCUUUUGAAUACAAUUUCAAUAGCGAAAAUUUAUCCAGUCUUAUUUCCGAAGCCAGAGCAUUUAGAUAUGAAGUAGGUGCCACUCCCAAAGUUUUUAGAGAAAUUAUAGAGGAAAUUAGAAAGCACCGCCAAUUUGGAGAACUUACCCUAGAAAAGCAAGCGGAAAUUAUUGGGAUUUUAGAAAUAAAUGAAUAUCCGGUAAUAGUGGCUAAAAAACAGCAAAGAGAUUUAACUGGGUCAAAAGAAAAUAUUGUUGAACACUUGGAAGAUUUAGUGGAAAAUGGCUACCAACCGACCGAUAACCUGAUACCUAAGCGGAUUAAUGCCGGAGAAAAUGCCGAAAACCAAUGCCAAGGCAUCGUCCAAGAAAUAGAAAAAAAAAUUAGGGAAGUCGGACCCGGCGAAUAUCCGCAGUGGCCGGAAAAAAUAAACGAGAUAAUUGGUGUUCCGCAACCCCAACAGGAAGGAAUGACUACCGAGCAACGAAUUGAGGAGUUUGUUGUUUUGAUAACGGAUGACGAACUAGCCAAAAAAGCCAUUGACGAUAUUCAUAAAAUAGCCGGAUUAAUUCAACAAUCCGAAUAUCAAAGCGGCCAAAAAAUAAUAAACAACGUAGCCGGUGAUUUAGCGGAGAAAGCAAUAGUUAAAUUAGACUUGUUGACGGAAUUUAAUAUUCGCUACCAAAAACUUCAAGCCUGGAAAUUGUUGGAUGACUAUCAAAAAGAAAAGUUAGAAAAUCCGGACAAUCAGGCAAAAAAAGUGGAAAUAAAAACCCGGUUGGAAAGUUUUACAAAAGAACAAAUAAACUGGGUCCAAGAAAAAGCCGAAAUAGCAGCCGAGAAAAUGGCGGAUUUCCAAGCAACGGUCGGUCUGAGAAAAGAAUUAUCCGUCUUGUUGACCGAAGCCGAAGCGGAAAAUGAUUAUGAGAAACUAAUUGAAAGUGAAAACGAGGUGGAGAAAUUGGAAGAUUAUCGGCAGAAAAUUAAGGAAUUUCAGGAUGAAUUUUUUGGACCAGACGAAACCAUACUUUCCGCAGUUUGGAAAAAAAAGAAUGAAGGAUAUUCGCCGUCAAACUUUUUAGAACAAUCGGCCAAUGCGUCGCUGCCAGAGUUGGAAAAAAAAGCCCAACAAGAUAAAGAAAUUGCGGAAUUUCCACCUUAUAUUGAAAAGCAACCUGAACCAAAAUAUUAUCGUGGUUUUAAAGUCAAUUAUCAGAACCAAAAAUCCAUUAAUCAACGAUUAGAAAGAGCCAAAGAAGGCGCCAAGAAAAAUGUGGCUGAUUACCAAGCAGCAAUUAAAGAUAUAGACACUAUUUUAGACAAAAAUGUUGAAUUAGAUUAUAGAAUUACGGCUUUUCAGGAAGAUUUAACACCACUUCAACAAAAAGUUAAACAAGUCAAAGGGGAUGCUAUUACUGAACGCUUACUGGCCCUAGAAAAAAAGCAAUAUUUGGCUGAAAAUGAGAAAGAAUUGAAUGAGUAUGAAAAAAAAGAGAACUACGCGGAGAAUGAGAAAAGCAUUUUUACAAACCGAAAAACCGAAAAUAGAUAUUUUACCACCGCGGAAAAAUUAACGGAAUUAAAAGCCGGUUUUAAUUUAGAUUACCAAUCGGAGACGGGCCGCAAGCAAACAAUUAAGUGUUUAAGCAUGGAUUAUGACGAGGAGGCCGAUAUUAAUAACUUUAAUCAGACCAAUUACGAUAAACUGAAUUCUUUUGCCGAGGCGUUGCCAGACAGCGACCAACAAAUUGUUUGGACUUCUUGUAAUGAUAUGUUGGGAGGAAUAGCCGCCCAAAUUUUAACUAAAUACAAAGCAAAAAAAGUUUACGAAAAUGCUUGCCAAAAUGACGCUGAUGGAGCGGCUUGGGAAAGAGGGCUUGACGACGAGGAAAAAAAUCAGAUUAAGAAAGCCAAAACUCCAGACCAGGUUAAGCAAGAGCAAGAAAAUAUUGCUUGA